AUGCGACUCUUGAACGUCGAAACGAGAAAGCUACAAGAAUUCGUCGUCAAUAUACCAAGAUAUGCGAUAUUGUCACACACCUGGGGCGACGACGAGGUCACCUUCCAAGACCUCGACCGUCCUGACCACACCAACAAACGAGGCUACGUCAAGAUCGACGGCACCUGCUGCCUGGCGGCCCGAGAUGGCAUCAAGUGGGUGUGGGUUGAUACUUGCUGCAUCGACAAGACGAGCAGUACAGAACUCUCCGAGGCUAUCAACUCCAUGUACCAGUGGUACAAUGAAUCCUCUACCUGCUAUGCCUAUCUCGAAGACGUCCAGCAAGGCGAUGAUCCGAGCAGCUUCGACAGCCAAUUUUGCGACAGUCGGUGGUUCACUAGAGGCUGGACGUUGCAGGAGCUUCUCGCCCCCAAAACAGUCGAGUUCUUUGAUGCUGCGUGGAAGAAUCUUGGCACUCGCUCUUCACUAGCGCCCAAGAUCGAGUCCAUCACCAGUAUACCGACCGAUUUCCUCGAAAGAAAUGAAGAAUACCCCGCUAUCCACUCCGCAAAGAUCGCCAUGCGGAUGUCGUGGGCUGCUCGGCGGCAGACAACGAGAGUAGAGGAUAUAGCAUACUCUCUUCUCGGGAUAUUUGAUGUUAACAUGCCACUGCUCUAUGGCGAGGGGGAAAGGGCUUUUGAGAGGCUGCAGAUCGAGAUUAUGAAGCAGUCUUCCGACGAUUCAAUACUCGCAUGGGCAAGGAAGGGCAAGGCGGGAAUAUCUCUCGAAAGGGCACGUAUCGAGCUUAUGGAAAGAAAUGAUAUGAUGCAGUUUACCGACAAUUCGACACUCGUAUUGACAAGCGAGAGCGAGGGGGAAGGGGCUUUGGAGAGUCCGCAGACCGAGAUGAUGGGGCAGUCUUCGGACGAUUCGAUACCAUCAUGGACAUGGAAGUACGAGGGCAAGCCAGAGCCGGACAAAAACCUUGACAGUCCAUUUGGCAUCUUUUGGGACAAAGGGUUGUUGGCCCAGUGCCCCGAUGACUUUGCCUGGCUAUAG